UGCCUUUUCCACCUUCCCAGAGUUGGAAGGCUGCGGGUUGGGGCCUGUGCGACCUGGUCAGGGUCCAGGCUGAGUGUAGUCUAGACGGGUGCUGGAAUUUAAAGCACUUUACUAUUUGUAGAGUGGGUUCCUUGUCACGCUGGGAGCAUUGUCACCAUUGGACCCCGUGCCGGAUGAGGAAGCAGAAACUGAUUCUGGGGCUGUGGUGGGUCAACUGGCUGGCCUAUGACCUCGCAGGCCCCAGAGCGACAUCUUAUUUUUAGUUUGCCCCCUGAAGACAGGUGUCCAGGCUUAGUCACACAGUGCCUCAGGCUUUAGCUACUCUAGGCAUCUUGUCAUCUGGCAACUGGGUUCCAGAUAGCCAGAGCUCAGCAGGGAGGGCAGAAGCCCUUGGUGUCCCAGCAGGCUGUGACCUUGUAGUUUGGUGGACCGGACCAUGGGAGAUUUCUACCUCCACUUCCCAAGUGCCUGGCCCCACCCAGUCACACACUUCAGAACAGGUCACUUCCAAGCCUUCCUCACUGCUACCAGGGCCUUUUUACUGGCAGGCCAUGGCCGAGUUCUCCCAGAAGCGGGGAAAGCAGCGUGGUGAGGAGGGCCUGGGCAGCGCUGUGGACUUCCUCUUGGCCAACGCCCGUCUGGUGCUGGGCGUGGGUGGGGCUGCUGUGCUGGGCAUUGCUACCCUGGCCGUGAAGAGGCUUAUUGACAGGGCCACUACCCCUCGGGAUGAGGAUGAUGCCAAGGGAGACAGCUGGAAGGAACUGAGUCUGCUCAAGGCCACACCACACCAGCAGCCCCGGCCCCCACCUGCUGCCCUCAGUCACCCCAUAUCUCCCCUGGCCCCACCCUCUGGUCCAGAGGGACCUACAGACACAGAACCUCAGAUGCCACCUCAGCUCAUCUCCCCAGCACCGCUGUGUCUGACUUUCCAGGAGAAACUGCUAGCAUUUGAGCAGGACCAUGUGGUUAUCCCAGCAGCUCAUGUAGCUUUGGCCAAACAGCUGGCUGGUGACAUUGCCUUGGAGCUUCAGGCCUACUUGAAGAACAAAUUCCCAGAACUGCCCUUUGGGGCGCUUGUGCCUGGAGGACCACUCUACGAGGGGCUGCAGGCUGGGACCACAGAGCAUGUGCGCCUCCUGGCACCACUGGUUCUGGAGCCGGGCCUAUGGAGCCUGGUGCCUGGCGUGGACACUGUGGCUCAAGACCCUCGCUGCUGGGCUGUGCGCAGGACUCAGCUUGAGUUCCACCCACGUGGAAGCAGCCCCUGGGACCGCUUCCUAAUUGGGGGCUACCUCUCCCCUCGAGUCCUGCUGGAGCUGCUCCGCAAAGCCCUCAGUGCCUCAGUCUACUGGCCAGCCAUUGGUGGCCUGCUUGGGUGCCUGAUCAAGCCCAGCAUGGCCUCAGAGGAGCUGCUGCUGGAGGUACAGCAUGAGUGCCUGGAGCUCACCAUGAUUGUGCUCGUGACAGUCACUGGGGCCAACGAGGACAACCGUCUCCUUUUGGCCUGGCCCCUGGAGGGGCUGGCGGGGAACCUCUGGCUUCAGGACUUAUAUCCAGUGGAGGCUGCCAGACUGCAGGCCCUUGAUGACCGUGAUGCUGGCACUCGCCGGAGGCUGCUGCUGCUGCUGUGUGGUGUCUGCCAUCACCACCCAGCCCUGGGACGCCUGGGCCGAGGCCAUCUGACCCAGGUGGUGCUGCAUCUGGGGGAGCAGGAAGUGGACUGGACCGAAGAGGCCUUGGGAGAGCAUUUUCUGCAGGCUCUGGAGUUGCUCAUUGGCAGUUUGGAGCAGGCCAGCCUGCCCUGCCACUUUGACCCUAGUGUGAACCUCUUGGGUGCCUUUCGGGAGGAUGAGAUUGAUGACAUGGGUUAUGCACUGUACAGUGGUCUCCAGGCACCUGAGAGGUUGGUCUAGAUGGGCAGGAACCAGGUGGCCAGCCUGUUUUCUGAUGCUGGCGAGCUGUACCCCCAACCCUGCCUUCGGGAGUUGCAGAGUAGGUUUUUGCUUGCUUGUAGCCAGAACAAAGGGAGAGUACCUUGCCUCAGUCUGUGGGGGAGGGGCACUUGUAUGAGCUGUAGUCUCCUGGAUCCCUGAUCUUGGAGAGAGCUUGGGUUGCUGUCACCUGAGUGUGCCUGGGCUGCCCUAUGCACCUGGAAGCACCAGCUACUCAUUCAGGUGCAGGUGCCCCUUCAGCCCCUUGAGGCCAACCCAGGACUUGGGCUCAGUUCAUCAUCACCAUCAGUGAUCCACUGAGAACAUGGCUUCUGCCAUCCCAGGCCAGAUAAAGGCCACUCCAUUUCUCUGCCAGGAAAUUUUCUGCUUUCUUUGGGCACCAGCUGGAAGCAUCCUGGGGGCGAAGAGUGCCUGAUCUUUUAAGUAUCCUGCCUUUGUUCCACCCUUGGGGGCUGAGUCUCCUGAGACCCGGGAGGACAGCUCUUUGCUACUGAAGGAUGAUGUUUUCCUGAGGUCUUCUGUGUGUUUGAUCUGUGUGUUUGAGUUCUCCAGCUCUGGAGCAGAAGCCCAGUUUGACUUGCUGCCUGCCUUAUACCUCAGGGAAGGCCCCUUUCCCUCCAGCUAGAUGAGUUUUCUCUUCAGGCUGUAGAGGCCCCUGGAAGAGCCCUUUCCUCAAGGCUGGUUGCUGCUCUGGGUCCCCUGAAGAGUAGAGGAUGUGCCCUGCCCCUUCAUGGAGGCUUAGGGUGUGGGGUUGGCCUUGUACCUUCACAGAGUGCCAAAAUGAACCGUUCAGUUGGUGUCCUUAUUCCUGUUCUGUAUCUGCCUGAAGUAGUAGGGGCUGGAGGAGGGACAGUCCCCCUCCUCCCAGGGUUACUGCCUAUCCCAGGAUCCCUCCUGCUGAAACAAAGCUAUGGCUUGAAUGUGAACAAGAAUAAAAGGAGAAACUUCUCCCA